AAAAAGCGCGCUUGGCCAAAAGUGAAGUAGCGGGUGAAUUUUGUGUUUCUCGACCUGCAAGCGCGCGGAUCUGUGCAGACUGACGGGUAAUCGAGUGCAGUCAUAUACUCAAUGCCAAAUACUAAAUACUGCUAAAUAAAACAAAAAAUAGCUGAAGGAAGGAGAUCAUUUCCAGCUAAAAGCAUCGCAAAAGGAAGCCAGAGCCGCAGGAUUCGACCGAAAAGUAAACGCAUUGGAUUGCAAUUCGUGCUGAAGCGAUUUACAGCGAAAGAGGGGACCACCAAGAAGUCGAAUACACAUCUCCAGCAUGGUGGACUACUAUAAAGUUUUGGACGUGGCGCGAUCAGCUACCGACAGUGAAGUGAAAAAGGCAUAUCGAAAACUGGCGCUUAAAUGGCACCCAGACAAGAAUCCCGACAACCUGGAGGAGGCCAACAAGCGCUUCCGCGAGCUGUCCGAAGCCUACGAAGUUCUUUCCGAUGCACGUAAGCGCAGGAUCUACGAUGCACGGGCAACGCUGCACAAAUCCUCGACCAGCGGAAGCAGCAGCAACAGCAGCUCCUACUCCCGCUACCGCACUGCUUGCAGCGGCGGCGGAUCGGCGUCCUACGGACGGGACUACGAUUACGACUACUAUCCGGGCUCGGGUUAUGGGUCGGGUGCCGGACGACGGUCCGGCAACCGCUACCAGGCCUUCACCUUCCGCAACAUUUUCGAGGGCACUCCGUUCCACAAGCUGUUCGAGAAAAAGCGCCGCAUAUACGAUGAGUAUGGCAAAGAUGGACUGGGUGAUCGUGGCCAGAGUCGCUCGCAUACUCGCCACCAUUAUAGCACACACGAUUUCGAUGACUUCGAUAUAAUGGGCGGCUUUCCGUUUGUAUUCCGCCCGCCGGAGGAGGUGUUCCGUGAAUUCUUCGGCAUGCACUCGCCCUUCGCCGACUUAUUCCGAGAUGCCAACGGAUAUUCGAAUGGCAGCACGAGCGGCUCGAGUAGCAGUCGACGCCAUGGCGGCAGCGGUGGAGCAUCUCGCCACCAUCAUCACCACCAGCACAAAUUGGCCAGUCCGUUCGGGGCUCCAAUGCUUAACUACUCAAUGAUGGACUUCUUUAUGCCCACCAGCGGCUUCACCUCGUUCUCGUCGAUGACAAGCGGCAAUGGCAGCAGCGGUGUCACCCACAUCUCCAGCGGACCCAGUGCCGGUGUCAAGCGCACCUCCACUUCGACGGUGUUUGUAAAUGGCAAGAAACUGAUGACCAAACGAGUUGUCGAAAACGGCAAGGAAACUGUCUUUUCAUAUGAAAAUGAUGUCCUUAAAUCAAAGACUGUGAACGGAGUGUCCCAAAAGCUCUCUUCAAUAGCUUAAUAAUUAAAUUCACACAUAAACAUACAUAUAUAUAAAUAUAUCAACAGAAAUCAACAAAGAAAAAGUCAUAAAUGUAAAGCCGAAUAUUAACAAAGCAAGAAGAACUCGGAAUUCGUUAAUGCUUCGAAAUAUGAUACAUUUAACCAUUUUGUUCUACACUACAAUUUAGUUACUUUUAAUGGAACGAACAGCAGAGCAUAAAUGGAUCAACAGCCGGCGAAGGACCAAGCAAAAGCCCAUCAGCAACAGAAGCACUAUCGGCAGCAGCAAUAAUCCAUGGAACAGACCACUAAAUUAAAUCAAAUCAAAAUUCCCCGUAAUAGUGAAAUAUCGAACUGUAUUUUUUAAGAGUAGUUUUGAACAUAGCUGCCCUACAAAAUUGCACCGGUGGAAUAAAGCCAGCACCAUCGGCACCAGAAUCAAUUGAAACCCAUACUAAAAAUGCAAAGCACGCUUAAGCAAUUUAGCCAAUAAGUUCUAGGGCCAGACUUUAAAAGAUGUUUGGAGCGAGUGUGUUUGGGUGUAUAUCUUUGGGGGGUUAAUUAUGUAUUUUUCGUGUAUGUAUCGUUAGUCACUUAAGUUGCCACAAUACUUACUAGGAAAUCGAAAACUGAAAAAUUCAACCUAAGGAACAAGCGAAAUUAAAAUAGGCUUUGCGUUAAUUUUUCUGUACAUUGUAAGGGAUAUGAAUAUUCUAAACGACGACAUUUAAUGUUUAUAAAUAUUUCAUAACCUAUGUAAACUUCUCUAUUAAUUUCGAAGCUGUAUGCUACGUAUAGUCGUUUUUUAAAUGCUUAAGACUAUUCUCACAUAACCUGCAGAGCGAAAACAAAAUAAAUCGUAACAUAAUCGCCAAUAA